AUGAGUCCGCACGAACUCAAGUCGGGCAACAGCCCACAGGCAUUAUCCGAUAUUGAGCGCAUCUCGGACGUCACAUCUACAGACCCAUCCGAGGAAGGCCGUGCUAAGCACUUGCGUCGUGUAAGGGACUGGCAUCCAGUCCUCGACCAGAGAUUGCAAGGCCUAUUGUACAGUUUCGGCGCGUCAUGGGACCUCUGGAGAGGCUUGGGCGGGGCCAAUAUGGGAGAAGCCUACCAUGACUGCUCCAUAAGUGAAAAAGACAUGAAGAACACAUCCCAAAUCGGAAAAGGCUACUAUAUGAAGGCAAUGCGCCCCGACGCCGACUUCGACGCCUCCUUCGUUGAUGCGGCUCGAAAGCAGCGGGUAGAAACACUUCAGAGUGCCAUCAAGCACAUCGAGAAACUUGAUUCCGUUGCCAAAGAAGACGGAAAGAAUGUCGACACUCAGCGUCAAGUGGAAUCAAAGAAAGAAUGCCUGGAUGAGCUCACUCUCCUGCGCAACUACAUCUCACCUCGCCGGAAAUGGGGCCAGCAGACUGCUACAGUGGUAAACUUCCUCAAGCAACCGACGUUACCAGCAGAUUCACUGCUGUCAGUGAGCAUCACGAAAGACAUCCCCAUGAACCCGGAACCAUACAUCCUUGAAGAUAUCCCAUCAAUCACGGCCCACGGGGUAUGGGCUGUGCUGAGACAAGGGGAAGAAUGGCCCCAUCGCGAGGACAUGGUGGAUGGCUGGCCAGCUGGUGAUUCUGACGCCUCCACCAAUACAUCCGCGAGGAUUGCCGCUACUUGGAGGAACGAGAGCAAGCACGACGAGUGGCCAGAAGAAGCACAAGGGAGCCAAGUCAGGAAGCCACCAGUCGGUUCGGCUGGUAGACUCACUGAGCUGGAGGAACGGUGGAAUGCUGGCGACAGUGAAACCGAGAAGCCAGAACGAAGAGACAGUGCACUGGCAGAUUUGGACGAGGCACAGCCAGACACGGCUGGCGACCAAAGUGAAGCAAAGUCUUCAGUAGCCGGUGUGAGAAAUACUUUCUCGACUUGGCUCAACUCUUCUCCGGUUCCAGAUAGGUACCGAGCCCCUCUCUCUAUGGACCACACCUCUGGAUGGGAGGAGGCCGCUCAACAAUUGCCAGGCCAAGAAGAGCCUGUCUCCGAGUUCAUGGUGCUAGAUUCCGCGGAAUUCGCCGCCCCCCUGACUUCCGAGGAAAAGGGCAAGUGGCCAGCGGAAUGCGAAUGCUCGAAAUGCUGCUUUCAGCGCCGUGCCGCGUCGCUCCGGCGGGAGGCGCGAGGCAAACACCAACGAGUCCGGUUCGACGAAGAAGCCAUGGACAAGGCCGAAGAUGGGCCAGGGCUCAGCUUUGAGGGCUUCGUGAAGAUGCUGAGGGAGAACAGGAGGAAGGUGGAGGCGGAGCAGAGGGGAGAGGGCUGCAGCUCGUGGACGACAGCUGGCCCGGCCGGGCUGGAAAUGUUUGUCCAUCCCAGGCCAGCGCCCUGCGUUCCUGUGAACGUGCCCGUGGACGGGCAGAAGAGUAGCAAGACAAUUGAGAGGGAGCGGCCUCAGAAGAAAAGGGUGAAGAGGCAUGAGAUUGGCGAUCCCAUGGCGCAGAACGACACCAUGAAGGGCAAGUACAGUGUCUUUCCAUUGGGGGAGGGGGGUACAAGGCUGGAGCUGAUGGGGCUGCAGGAGCUAUGGUGGGGCGGCAGCUUCCUGAGCAAACCCCAGGUCAAUACCGACGACAUGGCCGAUCAGCCUGAGCCCACCGGUUUAAUCGCCACCGACGGCAUCGAGCUCUUGACCUUCGGAACUCCCAAUGGACACAAGGCCAGCAUCAUUCUCGAGGAGCUCAAGGAGGCCUACGGUGACAAGGCGCCCAAAUAUGUCUGGCAAUCCGUCAACAUCAUGAAGAACACCCAGAAGCAGGAGUGGUUCACCAAGAUCUGCCCCAACGGCCGCAUUCCCGCCAUUGUUGACCACGACCGCGGCGACUUUGCCGUCUUUGAGGGCCUGCCCAUCCUGACCUACCUGACCAAGCACUACGACCCAGAAAACAAGCUCAGCUUCGCCUACGACUCGGAUGACUACUCCGUCGCCGAGCAGUGGAUCAGCUGGCAGCACGGUGGCGUCGGCCCCAUGCAAGGCCAGGCCAAUCACUUUGUUCGCUUUGCUAAGGAGAAGAUCCCCUACGCUAUCCAGCGCUACGUUGGCGAGACAGAGCGCCUGUACGGCGUCCUGGACGCCCGCCUCAAGGACCGUGACUUUGUCGUCGGCCCUGGCAAGGGAAAGUUCUCCAUCGCCGACAUCUCGCUGCUGGGCUGGGCCAACGCGACCGUGCUCGGCGGUAUCGACCUGAAGGGCCAGUUCCCCAAUGUCGCCGCUUGGCUUGACCGUUGUUCCGAGCGCCCCGGCGUCCAGAGGGGGUUCGCUAUCCCCAACCCAUCGCCGUUCGGGAACAAGGCCUUCUUGCAGAAGAUCCAGGAAGACCCAGAGACGAAGCAGAAGGCAGACGAGACCAAGAAGCUUAUUGAUGAUGCCAAGGCCCAGUAUGGCUACAAGUACGCGUCGCCUUAG